CCCACAACCCCAGCUCCGUCUCAUGUACUUCGAGGCAAGCUUCCCCUUUUGUGUAUUGUGGUUAGUUUGCCCAAGAAUAUCAUCAAGUAAAAAUGGGCAUCAUGUUUGCUUUCGCGCCGAUGUUGGGGUUUCUAGCAGUAGCAGGAUCACAAAUCGCAACACUUUCGCUUGGUGGGCUUCAACAAUACAAUCCGCCCGGGGCUGUUCCUCCAACCUUGACCGGCACUAUCAUCGGUGUCUCCGGGGGUACAACUGCAGAAGAAGGUGUCGACAUAUUUUUCUCGCCAGACCUACAUGCGCUUAUCCAAUCCUCUGUGGAAGCAAAUUGCCAACAAGUCAGCGAGCAGUGCUUGCAGAGUGUAACAAACCUGGUCUCAGGCCCUAACACAGAACUCCAAGCUCGUCAGCUUCUUGUGUCAGCAUUUUUGGUUUACGAAAUUGUUCAAUUCGCCAUCGACGUUGCCAUAUUUCUGCUGGCUGCUGCCGUCGCCGUCGCUGCAGCGGGAAAUAUCGAUGGGCACGACUUCGCAACACAUGUGUCUAUUCCGCCCGCACAGCUCAAUCAAGCGACUUCCAUGGUCACAGCAACAGCAACUGUGGUCAUGGUUGAUGGCGUUCCGCCUUUCACGAUAACCCCAAAGCCAGUCCCCACGGCAAUCACAGGUACAUAUACGCCAAUCGCUACAAGUUUUACCAGCGCAGUCAACGGCCACAAUGCAGGAGAUAUUGUUAUCUCGCUGCCGAAUGAUUUUUCGAAGCGUAUGGAAGGAUUCAUACGGCGAAGUACCGACUGUGCGGCCGCAAAUGCUCUUGACCAACCCAUAGCCAAAAGGGUUGAUGAAUUUGGGCCAGCACUCUGCGGAGCCCAAGGUGUUAUCAUGAAUGCCGUCCCAGGUGGGCCAUUUGCUGACAUUCGUCUCAUGGGGAUUCAGCCGCUCCCCUUCGCAGCUGCUGGUGCCGUUCGAGCCAUGAAUGCUGCCAUGCAGUUUGCAAGGAACUGGGCAGCUCAGCUACAAAUGACCCCAGAGCAAGCCGAGCUCUUUGGUGUUGCUGUCUUUGCCAUCACGGAACUCGUGAACCAUCAAGGGGCUCCGCUGGGUACGGAAAACACGAUCCCCGCCGAAUCACUUUCAGGCACAAUCACCCAGUCACAGACAAUGACCAGCGCACCUGAAACAUCCUCAUCUUUGUCUUCAAGCUCAUCAUCCUCUGAAUGUACUGUAUGCUACGCAAGUUGUAGCUUCGUUGGUAUCAUUCAGGGUUGCGGUACGACAUGUAUGCAAGUGAGCAGCUGCAGUAGCAAGACUGCUAGUAACGAAGAACCAGACAUCAUAACAACAGCCACUAUUCCGUGGUACGACGCCGCUUUUGUCCCAACACAAGUCCCCAUUGUACCAUCCGUUCCGUUAGAGGAAUGUACGGGGGGUGGAUCAUCCUUUCCGUACGAUUCAUUUUCGGGAGCAUACGGACAGUUCUGUGCUGAGAUUGACAAAGUUCAUUCGAGUCUCAACUGGAAUGUCGAUCCACUCGGGAACAAGAUUCAAGCGCUUCGUCGUCGUGACCUGAGUGUAGUUCAGCGCAGCCCUCCUGUGAAUCCCGAAACCUGGAAGGACUGGAGAAUAAAUCUCAACUGGAUAGUUGGCGAUGCUCCCGAAUGCACUAAGAGUUGCUCGGAUGCGUUCAAAACUCUAGCGAACUCAUGCGGUAAAGCAGAUCGUGGUGACACCAUGUUCAAGAACGGCAAGCUUGAUGUUGGCUGUGGCACGUACUUCUAUCAAAUUGUAUCGCCUCCACCACCAGAGCCUCCAAAAUUAGAGCCACCUCAGCUGGGCGACCUCAACUGCCACGCCAGCAACGAAUUCGGCGCCCGGCAUCAAGAUGUUCACAGUGAUUCACAAAGGCGUAUUGCUAAAGAAGUAUGCACAUCUGACAAAGUCUUCGGGGCUGGAAUCGCACCAGAGGUUUCUGCUUCGCCCAAAGUGCUAGGUAGCAUAGUGCAACCGUAUCGUUUCGAAAUCAGUUGGAUAAAAGGGUGUCAGACUACAGAACCAUCUCAGAACAAGUUGGAACCGAUCAAGGGCUCACCAAAGGUGACUUGCUUCUCUCUCAUGGAGGAGAAUUACAAAAAUUGUAACAAUGGGGGUGCGGGUGGCUUCAGAGAUGCUGGCUGCUUGAGAUUCCGCUUUGAUCCGUGGAGUAACGUUGGCAGUGACAGUCCGGAAAGGACAGGAGGUUGAUCAAUCCACCAUGGCCCCUGCCAGAGAG